ACAGUCAGCCACGGUCCCAUCCUGCUCCGCGCCGGCCAACGAGAGCAAAUCCAGUGACUCACCUCCGCCGUGCUAACUCCUCGUUAGCCCUCCCUCUCACACACACUCACACCCGGUUCGAGAUGGCGGCCGCGGCGGCGGCGGCGGCGGGGGACUCGGACUCCUGGGACGCCGACGCGUUCUCUGUGGAAGACCCAGUGCGGAAGGUGGGGGGCGGCGGCACUGCCGGCGGGGACCGCUGGGAAGGCGAGGACGAGGACGAGGACGUCAAGGAUAACUGGGAUGACGAUGAUGAUGAAAAAAAAGAGGAAGCAGAAGUAAAACCAGAGGUAAAAAUUUCAGAAAAGAAAAAAAUAGCAGAGAAGAUAAAAGAGAAAGAACGGCAACAGAAGAAAAGGCAAGAAGAAAUUAAAAAGAGGUUAGAAGAACCUGAAGAACCUAAAGUGCUAACACCAGAAGAACAAUUAGCGGAUAAACUGCGGCUAAAGAAAUUACAGGAAGAGUCAGACCUCGAAUUAGCAAAGGAAACUUUUGGUGUUAAUAAUACAGUUUAUGGAAUAGAUGCUAUGAACCCAUCUUCAAGAGAUGACUUUACGGAGUUUGGAAAGUUACUAAAAGAUAAAAUUACACAAUAUGAAAAGUCACUAUAUUAUGCCAGUUUUUUGGAAGUCUUAGUUCGAGAUGUGUGUAUUUCAUUGGAAAUUGAUGACUUGAAAAAAAUUACCAAUUCACUGACUGUGCUCUGCAGUGAAAAACAGAAGCAAGAAAAGCAAAGCAAAGCCAAAAAGAAGAAGAAAGGUGUGGUUCCUGGAGGGGGAUUAAAAGCCACCAUGAAAGAUGAUCUGGCAGAUUAUGGUGGUUAUGAUGGAGGAUAUGUACAAGACUAUGAAGACUUCAUGUGACAUUUUAUCUUUUCUUGGUGUCAUCUUUAUGUUGCCCACAAUCCCUUGAACAUGUAGCACAACUUCCUUUCCUUUCAGUUCUGCCAAAUGCUACAAUCAGAAGUGCAGUAUCUUUUGUGCUGGUUAUUUAACCCCUUGACACUUAGGUGCUAAUGUGCAAAUGAGGGAACUUGGAUCUUGCUGCCAAGGGGUUAAAAUUGGGAACCUAAGUUGCUACUAAAUCAUAGUUCAAAACCUAAUAAUGUUGUCAUUGUUGCUAUCCGAUUUCAUAGCAGCAGUCACUAAAUUGGAAACAAAAGGUUGCAACGUAACAAAAAAAAUUGUGUAGUAUUUACCAGCACCAUUCAGUAAUACAGCCUUAACCAUACCUCCUUGAACUACUUCAUAACUUGUCAAGAAAAGCAGUUUGCAGCAAGGGCAUGUGGUAUGCACCUAGUAUUAAAAUUGCUUUGUCUUAAAAUUGAACAUGAGGAUAUUAAAAGUACAUUGUGAAGAAGACUGCUUAUCUCAGUGAAGAUACUGCGGCUGAAAAGCACUAGUUUGAUAUAAAAUUAAAAUGACCAAAACCCUCCAACUUUGAAGCUAAAGAAGGUAAACCUUUCCAUUAUUGCAUUACAUGUUGUGGAAUCUCUUGAGUGCAAAGACUGUCUAGUUAUUUAUCAGGCUAUUUCUACUGAUGAAGUGCUUCAGGUGGGGGAGGGAAACUUAUUUUUAUUUGCCUGAUUUAAGUGUCUGAGAAACUUAGGCUGCAAUGGAACAACUUUACCAGGGUUUUGGCAUUUCCUUUCCUUUAUAAAACAUGCUCAGCAAACUGCACCAGUUAACUACAGUUUGGUAAAUUGUUAUGUUAACAAUUAUGACAUCUGCAAUGUUUUAUAAAGCAACUAAUUUAAUAAAAUCACUAUUGUGAGGACUUAAA